AGGUAAUUGAAACUAUCCUAAAGCUCCUUUUUCAUUAGUCCAAAGAUAGACCCGAUUCUUGCUGACUUAAGCAUCGAAGUGUCUACCCUAAGGACCCACCUCGAGGCUUUGCAGGUUCAUCCGAAGUGAAGAUGCAGAUUCAAGAAGGAUCUUUGGUUUGGUGCAAUUACAGCCAUUUUCGCGUGUCUGCUCUGUCUCUUUUCUCCCUGCAGCCGGAAAUAAACCAGCCAUCACCGACGCCCCCACCUGAGAAAUUGAAAAUUCUCCAGAUCUGUUGUCUUCUUCCUCCCCUGCAGCCGGUUGCUGUUGGGUGUGAGCUUCGGUUCUCUUGUGGUCCCCGUGGAAGCCCUCCAAUUUUCCCGCCAACUCUUCCCCAUACCCGCCAGCUCCAGCCUUGCUUGCUGAGAAUUUCUGGUAGUGAGACCCAACGCAUGGGGAGCCCGGGGGAGUGACAAGUUAGACGGCUAGGCAUUAUUUUGGACUUAAGUUUUCAUAGCUAGGCCGCUAGUCACCCAUGUUGACUCAGAAAAUUUUUGUGUACAGAACUCCCUUAGUUAUAGUCAUGACUGUAUAGAUGAAGUUAUAAAUCUUUGUACAUAUUGACUAGUAAAUAUUUAAGAAAAAAAAAGAGAACUAGAUAUUACUUGAUUUCUAAAUCUGAAUUAUUUGAAUUAGUAAUUAUGAACUUAGCAAUUUUGAGCCUUGUGCAUUUAUGGGAUCCGUUCCCGAAUGCACGGUGUCUGUUUCGCUCUUGGUUUUGGGGCGUGACAUAUGCAAUAAUACAUUUUGUUGGCUGCA